AUGAAAAAAGAAGUAAGCGGAAAGAAAUUCCCCCAACUCUUUACAGACGGUUCUGGCCUAGAAGAAGGUAAAGGCAGCGCAAUCAAUAUCUACCUAGAUCCCAAUUCGACAACAGAACAGAAGUUCCACCUAGAUCAACAAAAUAGUGUAUUCCAAGCGGAAUCAGUAGCGCUCCUUGAAGCAAUAAAAUACAGCAUCACAAACUCCCUAAAAGCAGCACAUCUUUACAGACAGUCUUUCAGCGAUGCAUUCCAUCGCAAACUCGCGCCACCGAUCAAAAUUAAUCCAGGACAUUACAAAAAGAACUUCAGCAUCAGAAAAUCAACACUUCUUUGUCACUUGCUGAAAGCACAUGCAGGGACAAAAGGCAACGAGGAGGCUGACAUCCUAGCUAAAGAAGCAGCUAGGGUUCAAAAUGCACAAAAUUUAUCAGUACCGUGGCCUGGCUCGCACCUUAAAAAAAUCAUAACCAUCAAAUCUAAAGUUGAAUGGCAGAACUGGUGGGACAACGCCGAACAAGGAAGAAGGACUUAUCAGUUGUUCUCAAAAGUAGGCACAGCUUCCAGUUUAAUAACUAGGAGAAAUAACGUGGUUCUUUUCCCACGUUUAAGUUACAAAGUAGAUUUCGGGGAAACAGCAUGCUUAGUUGACGGCUCCCAUACAUCGACUGAAGGCUAG